AUGAACCCCGGACUGGGUUGGACAAUAGCGCCCGGGGCCGAACGACUUCCCCCAAUUGACGACAGCGACCCGCCUCAGUUUGAGUCUCCCACCAAUGCCCCUCAGCGCUCAGCGCAGAGAGCUACAAGGCGGCGGAAACGCUACUCUUUGCCUCUUGUCAUCGGUAACACUGACACUAUCAUGGCAUGUCCCGACAGUGGGUCCGACGACAACAUCAUAUCUUUAGAUGUUGCAACCAAGUUGGGUCUGGUUAUCGAUUCGCCGCAGCAGGACAUGCGCUUCUCCCUUGCCAACGGCAAAGCAGUCCAGGCGGUGGGACAGGUUACCACAGAAUGUUCCUUCCCAGACUGCGAUAUCGGCUGGAGCUGUACAUUCUAUGUUUUCUCCGACUUGGCCAUGCCUGCGAUUGUGGGAUUGGAGUUUUUGGAUACGGCGGAGGUUUUCAGCAAGAACAAAGUUCUUCUUGUUGAGGAGCUUGUUCCAACCCUGCAGGCGCUUCGAGUUCACAGCAUAGGACCACCCAAAAAGGGUCUCAUCUGCCGCGUAGGAAAGUCAGUUAGUUGCGCCAGGGUUGAUUCGGGAUCCGACCUUGAUCUGGUCAGUCCCGAAUUUGUCCGUGCUAGGGAAUUUACGGUCCAUCCCGUUAGAGAGAAGCUUCAAUUUGCAGAUGGAAGCAUCGGCUUUACCUCUGGAGUAAUCGAGGCUACGUUUUCCGUCGGAGACGUGGGCGGUGUGAUGGAAUUCCUGCCACGCAGCGAAGAGCUCUCUCUACAGCUACACAUUUUGGAGAGCCUCACAGUAGAUGUUCUGGUUGGCCUGGACACCAUUGAGGAACUGGACAUAUAUGGCCAGCACGCGAGCUCCUUUAUUCAGAGAAUGCCACAGCCUGGGGAGUCUGAUCUUUGCGUUAUUCGCCACAUUGGCUCAGUCGAGCGUUUUGUUAAGAACACAUUCAACAGUUUGAUAGAAGACAUAUAUGUUCAACGCCAGCGGGAGAAUGCGCGUCAAGAACGCUCAAUGCUCGAGGCCCAGACGGCCAGUAUAAAGCACUCCGGAUUAAGUGUAACGAGCGGCUCCGCGAGCUCCGAGGUUGGCAUGUUCAAAUGCACGUUUGAGGGCUGCCAGGCGAAGCCAUUCCAAACACAGUAUCUGCUCGACUCUCACGCCAACGUGCACUCAUCAGCAAGACCGCACCACUGUCCCGUCCAGGGAUGUCCGCGAAGUAAGCCUGGGCAGGGCUUCAGGAGAAAGAACGAGAUGAUUCGCCACGGCUUGGUUCAUGAAUCGCCGGGGUACCGUUGCCCGUUUUGCCCGGCGACAAUAAGGCACGGAUAUCCCCGGCCCGAUAGCCUACAACGAGACAAGCGCGUAGCCAUUCUAUUCGCCAUGUUGUUGGGACCAUGCAAUAUUAGCACUCUUGAAGGCAUGGCGGUUUAG